AUGAGUUUAAAACAAUAUAUUGAAGAACUUUCAUCACAAAAUACAGAUUAUAAAUUUCCUAAACAAGCAAUUAAUCAAGCUGAAUCAUUAAAAUCGUUAUCAAGUGAUUUAUAUACAGAUAAUAUUCGAUUUAUUUAUGAACUGAUACAAAAUGCUGAUGAUGCUCAAGCAAGAAAUGUUAUUCUAACAAUUCUAGAAGAUCAAUAUCUAAUUAUUGCUCAUGAUGGGAAAAUAUUCGAUGAAAAAGAUUUACAAGGUUUAUGUGGUAUUAAUAAUGGAACAAAAAAGAAAGAUCUCGAUAAAACAGGUUAUAAAGGUUUAGGAUUCAAAGCUGUUUUCGGAAAAUCAGAUCGUGUUAUUAUUUAUUCUAACGGUGAAUAUUUUCGAUUUGAUUCUUCAUAUAAAAUCAAAUGGAAUAAAGAAUGGAAAACUGCUAAUCAAGAACUAUGGGAAAAAGAAAAUGAUCGACAAUUUAUUUAUCCAUGGCAAAUUAAUCCUAUAUGGACAAAUGGCCAACAGAUUUCAAAUCUUAUUUUAAACUUUAUUAAUUCGAAACAAAAACAAAUUCAUGUAGCCUAUGCAAUUCUAUUGAAUAAUCAUGGCGAAAUUUAUUCGGCUAUACAACAAUUAAAACAACAACCAUAUAUGUUUCUAUUUCUACGAAAUAUUUCUCAAUUGACAUUUUUAACCGAUCAACCUGAUACUAUAUCUGUUGCUCGUGAUGUAAAUCAUGGUUUGAAAAAAGUUUAUAUCAAUAAAAAGAUCAAUUCUCAAUGGAUUAUUAAACGUUUUGAACUAGAUAUACCAGAUGAUAUAUUAGAAAAAUUAGCGAAAGAUACUAAAGCACCAGAUAAAUUACGUUUUAUUAAAAAAAACGUCGAAAUGUUUUUUGCAACGAAAUAUAAAGAUGCUGGUGGAAUAGAAAAACUUCGUGAACAAGAAUCAAUUCUGUUUUCUUAUUUACCAACGAAAAUUUUUGAAUACAAAUUUCCAGUAUUGAUAAAUGCGAACUUUUUAACAAAUGUCAAUCGAGAACAAAUUCAUACAGGUAAAAAUUUUAUGUUCCUUAUUUUUCGCGAAAAAUUUGUAUUUAAAGAUUCGGUUUGGAAUCAAUGGUUAUUUGCUAAAAUAGCUGAUCAAAUCUUUCAAUGGAUAAAAGAAUUAGUUAAAGAUAAUAAAUUUCGUUUUCAAGCUUAUCGACUUAUUCCAUGGAAAUUAAAUUUAAUCAAUAAUCUUUUAUCAAAACAAUUCAAUGAUUCAUUUGCUAUAGCUAUUAAACAAUGUAAUUUUAUUCUUAAUAGAAAAAAUCAAUUGUUAAAAGUUGAUGAAGUCAUUAUGGAUUCAACAUCAAUGUCUAAACAGCGAAAGUUCAUUAAUAUCGAUGCAAUGCGGCAGUAUAUCAUCGACAAUAAUAAAAGUUCUUCCCAGUAUGCUGAACAUCCAUUUAUUGAUUAUGAUUCGAACUUGAAUGAAAUAGGUGUGAAAGAAUUUCAUUGGAAUAACUGUAUUGAUAUGUUUAAAUCGGAUAUAUUUCUUAAGAAUUAUUCAAUCGAAAAUAAUAAACAAAUGAUUGUUUAUUUUUACACAGAAUAUUCUAAGAAUGAUACAAAUAAUUCUAUAAAGAUGAAGAUUGAAGAGAUUCCAUUUCUAAUGGAUCAAAAUAAUCGUUUACAAUCAAUCAAAGAUAUUUAUUUUCCUACGGAAACAAUUGGUGAUAGUGGAACGGUUGAUUCCGAAGAUUUAUUUGUGCAGAAAACAAUAUUCAACUGGUUAAAUGAAAAAGCACAAAAAGAAAUCAAACAAUGGUUAAAAGAUAUAGGUGUUGAAGAACGAACUGAUCUAGUCUAUUUACAUAAAACAAUUAUUCCGAAUGCAGCAACUUAUAUUACAAUGGAAAAUACAAUGAAAACAAUCAAAAUGUUGUUUAUCUUAUUUCAAAAAAAGGUGAUUACUAAAAAGGAACUCGAUCAAUUGAAGAAACUAAAGUUAUUAACAAUACGUGAAACUUUAGUAGCAGCUGAACAAUGUUUUUUCUCUGAUCAAUACAAACCACGAUCACCACUUGAAGACUACUUAAAAACAAAAGAAGAUAAAUUUUUAUCGUACGAUUAUGUCACCAGUCAUCCUUGCAAAAACGAAGACUUAACAGAAUGGCGAGAAUUCUUCAGUACACUAGGCGUCCAAGAGGAACUACAUCCGAUCGUAUAUCAUCGAGCAUUAACAUCUUACGAAGCAGCUAGUCGUGGAUUUUGUGAAGAAUAUCUAUCCAUCAUUUCGCCUGAUGGAAAGCAUUCAGUCGAUGCUUUUUCAGAAUUAACAACUAUCACAUUUAUACAACAUACAAAAAAUAAUUACGAGUUUGCAAACUUCUUCUGGUCAUAUGUGGUGAAAUACAUUUCACCAGAGAUAUUAACACAAAAAAUAAGAGUUUAUUGGGGUCAUGCCGAUAAACGAGGUGCAACCGAUGGAACAUUAUUAGAAGAUUCUGAUUAUGUCAAGUGGUUUGUUGAGAAUAUCAAAUGUAUUCCAACUACUGAAAAAACAUGUGAAUUGUCCAGUAAUGUUUUUUCUGAUCAGAAGGAAUUGAAAGAUCUUUGUAGUAAAUACAUGUCUUUUUCAUCGAUUUCAAUCCCACAAAACAAGACACAAUGGAAUGAAAUUUUCAAUUUCAAAACAAAACUUUCAAUCAAUGAUUAUUUUGAUUUAAUUGAGAAAAUUCGAUAUGAUGAAAAGAAUUUGAAAGAUAAUCUUGAACGUAUGCAAUCAUUAUAUUCUCAUAUCUUGAAAGAAAUGUAUUAUUGGUCUGUAGGUGAACGAAACACAGCAAAAGAACGAACAAAAUCUUCAUAUCUUCUAACAGAAAAUAUUCAGUGGAAAUUAUCCGGUGAUUUAUAUUUUUAUGUGGAAGACAAUCGAGCAAAUAAUGCAUUAAAUGAUGCUAUUCCUUGUCUUAAACUUGAUUUUAAAAAUCGAAAUGAUUUACAUUUACAUGACUUUUUAGAAUUGUUCAAUAUCAAACAAAUUAGAAUGAAUGAUUUAAAUCUUGCUGAUGAAAAAUCUUCUCCUGCUGAUUAUUUUCGACGCAAAUUAAUUGAAAUUUCACCUUUUCUAAAAAAAUGGUUGAAGUAUGAAGGUGUUUCAACAGAUGUUAUUUCUUUAAUUGAUCGAAAACUUCAACAAGAAUAUGAUUUAAUAGAAUCGGAUAAUUUACAAUUAUUUUAUCAUAAGAUAUUUGUUCGAGAAACAACUGUCUACUUUGAUAAUAAACGUAAACAAUUAUAUGUCAAGCGACCAUGGGAUAGUGAAACAACAUUUAUUGAUCUUCCCAAUAAAUUAUGUCAAUUAUUGAAUAUACAAGGAUUUGAAAAAAAUAUUCGAUUUUUACUUAAAGGAACGAUUGAAGAGAUUAAAAAACAUUUCAAUUCAAAUUCUAUUGAAAUACCAACCAAGAAAGAUAUUGUUAUCUUAGAACCAUUACUAAAAACAGAUGUUCUACAACAACCGAAAUUUUCUUUAAUAUCGGAAUCCAAACCAAAUACAUCUGUUUUGCCUGUGAAAAAUGUAAAAUCUAUAGAGACAUCGAUCACUAAUAACAACGAUCAUUUACUUGUUUUAACACCACAGUGUCAAGUUGUUCCACAACACUAUCAAAUUCCAUUUUAUGAUGCUUUUCCAGCACUACCUGUUCAACUAUCCAUCCAAAAUAUGAGACCACGAAAGGAAAACGGGGAAAGAUUGUCAACAUCUGUUUUGAUUGGAUCAUCGGAAAAUACAGUUGAUGAUAUUGAAUUUAUUGAUAUAUGCUCAAUAACAGAUUCAAGUUUAAUGUCUUUUGCAAAUCUGAACCAUAUAACUGGAGAGUGUGAUGCAUCAGAUUUAGAUACAGGACGUAUCGGUGAAGAAAUGGUGUAUAAAUACUUGUUGAAGGAAUAUCGAGAACAAUCGAAUUCAGUGAUUAUCAAAUGGUUAAAUCAAAAUAGAGAAACUCACUUACCAUAUGAUAUUCUGUUAAAGAAAAAUGGGAAAACUUAUUAUAUUGAAGUCAAAUCGACACGAGCAUAUAAUCAACAUAUAUUUCCAUUAUCAAUUAAUCAGAUUGAAACUCUUCUACAACAGAGAGAAAACUAUUUUAUUUAUCGAGUUUAUAUUGAUGAGAAAAAAAUUAUCAUAUUAGAUAAUAUUCGAUGGCGCUUAAUGCAAAAACAACAACUCGCUUGUCUUUUACAAAUUUUAACAGUUCCAUCGGAAUAA